AUGUCACAUACCUUGAAAUGGGGGCUUUUGAUCUCCAUAGCGCUUUGGUGGAAACUCAUCGGCGCCGAUAAAUCCUUCAUCUACUCCCAGGUAGGGGAGUGGAGAGCCACCUCGGUUGGGGUGGAGGCCAACAAGAGCCACUUUGUAUAUCCCCGAGCUGAUCCUGAAUGCGGUGCAAGCACUUGGGAUGAUCCAGAUACUCCUUCAUACCGUGCUUUAUGUGGUCCAGCCUCAGAAGGUUGCUCCGGUAGCUUGAAUAGACGCAGCUACGGGCUUCGGCUCACCGAAGUCCCAGGUGAUAGCAACGCAUCUCAUCAGCUUGUGGAAAGGACAAGCCUCCACCCGCGAGCCUUUACGGACCUGACCCUUGCCGAUAUCCGAGAUUACGUUCCAAAACAAGCAGACCUACUUAAGAAAGCUUGAAAUCCGUAUUUCGGGAAGCCUCUGCCGAUAAUCAAAUAUCGAGGCGGUAUCGAGACCUUUGAGUCGAUGGCCCAGCAGCGAAGAUUUCAGGAUGGUGGUGCCUUUCAAAUCGCCACCACGGGUCUUAUGGGGUGUACUGUCGUAACAGUGGUGUCUAGAACAGGGGUCUACAUGGUAUGCAACAUCACACAUUAGAAGACUUCCCCUUUCGAUGUCAAGUGUCCAACCCAGCUCAAGACCCGUAUGAGAAGCUUGCUCGAGCAGCACCAAUUAGG